AUGGUCAGAACCUGUGACUCGAAUGAAUUCUCAAAAACAAGAUCAACACAUCCUGCAACAGGAAUAUAUCCAACUUAUAGUAGUAGUAUUGUAGACGACUCGGAUUCGGUUGAUGAGUGGGUUAAUUUCAGAAAAAUGUGCUAUUUUUCAGCUCUAAUUUUAGAUAUCAUGUCGAGUUUCAACCCAAAAAACUAUUGAUUCCAAGAAAAUACAAAAGAGAUCGGGGAAAUUCGAAGGUGAAAGUUUCGGAACACGAACAUAGUAUAACUUCGAAAUGUGUUGAGAGAAGUGUUUAUAGCGAUGAAACUGAGUAAGUGAUUACUGUAGAGAAUGUGUGGGAUAUUUUAGAAGUCUUGCGAAAAUUCUGUAGAUCCUGAAAUGAGUCCAGGAGGUUAUUUGAAUUUUACGAAGAGUCUAAAACAUCGCAGAGAAUUCCGAAUUCUAAAUUAUUAGGCUUACACAACCAAAUCCACUUUUUCAGACCAAUUUCAUACACUGAAGCUGACAGUUUCUGCUUUCGAAAUGAUACUCAAUCAAAAGCCACAGUUGACACAACAAGAAGAGUUCAUCUCAGCAGCAUUUUCACAUCGCUCGUCAAUUUUUUCCAAAAUAAUCCUGUAAGUUGCCAAGCUCAUUUGAAAAAAUUCGCAAUGAAUUUCUCUUCAGCGUUUCACAAAAUUCGUUCUCAUCGGACUCCUCAUUUACACAUUUAUUUGCAAUGUCGAGAUUUUUGUGCCUCGCAUUAUUGUAUUUCUCGUCAGGUUUGGUUUUUCUAUAGACUAUAGUCUAGUUUGUCAUUAAAUGUUUCAGACUUUUAUAUCCAUGGUGUCGUUAUAUAGUUGUGAUAAUUGAACAGCUUUUCAAUUCACUUGCAAAUAUUUUUACACGGUUGGAUGGAUUGAUUUAUGUGAGUGGGGAGAGCAAAGCUAGAAUUGAAGGGGUUUAAAAAAAUGAUAUGAACGAGACCUGUUCUGAGUUUUUCCUGGAGUCCAAUUCAACAACUCCCGUCUCCAAUGUAUACAUUUUGCAGGCAACAUAUUGUGAAUUUGGUGCGAAACAAUGUCGCACUCGCCGUUUGAUGUGUGAUGUUUCUUGCUCGUUCGUCGAUCAUAUUCUCUCCCAAUCUCGCCCACAAUAUUCUCCACCGCCACCACAAAAUUAA